AUUUUGAAUUCUUUUCCGGCAAAGGAACAUCCGUAAACCUCCUGUUUUCGCCGUACUGAUAAUCUAGAGCUGGCUUUCUUCGAGAUAUAUCAUUCCUGUGCCUUGGGUGUUGUUUGUCUGCGAAAUCUUUGGGUCUAGAAAUGAACAACCGAACCAAAGAAGGAUCCAGCACAAUUAGUACUGUUUAUGGUCGAUCAGAUAAAUCAAGCAGCAUUCUCAGUUUUGAUGGAUCAGAAAGUCGUCAAAGUAUAGAUGAUACUAAACAAGGUCAUCAGAGUUUGGUAGAGUGGUUGAAUGAGACACUUCCUUAUUUAAAUUUACCAUGGGAAGCUUCAGAGGAAGAACUGAGAGCAUGUUUGAUGGAUGGUACUGUCUUUUGCAAUCUCUUGAAUCAGCUUAGUCCCGGUUCAAUGAAAAUGGGAGGUAGUUUUGAGCUUGCUUCUCUGAACAUAGAGAGAUUUUUGACAGCUAUGGAUGAAAUGGCCUUGCCUAGAUUUGAGGUUUCAGAUUUAGAACAGGGGGAUAUGAUUCCAGUUUUACAGUCUCUUAAGGCGCUUAAAUCUAGUUUCUCUAAUGAUGGAUAUGGUAAGAAUACACUUUGUGCAAUGAGAAGAUGGAGCUUGCCUGAGGAUCAUUCAAAGGGACUUGAUAGCAACUUUAAUGAUGGAUUACAGUUUAAGGAAGGCUCUGAUCAGAUCAGUAUAUCUCAUGCCAAAAUUUUGGACUUACUAAAAUCAAACAGUUUACAAAAUACUUCUACUCGAUCAUUGUUCGAUAUGCUCGAUAAGCUUCUAUACGAGAGCGUGCAGAAGAUGAAUGUGGAUGUGUCUCAUACCUUUGCAUCUAUCUUGAGAGGGAUUGUGCAAGUAGUGGAACAACGGAUCUCGAAUCAAGCUGAAAAUCUAAAGAAUCAAAAUAUACUCUUUAGGGUACGCGAAGAAAAAUAUAGAUCAAGAAUAAAUGUAUUAGAAACCUUAGCAUCUGGGAUAACAGAUGAGAAUGAGCUAAGAUCCGAAGAAAACGAUGUGAUGCAACUGAAAAAGGAAAAACAGCUCAGUGAUGCUGAGCUUUCUAAGUUAAAGCAAGAACUUGAAAUUGUGAAAGAGACACAUGAAAAAGAAAUGUUGGAACUAGAAUCGAAUGCUCGGAAAGCUAAGACUGAGUUGGAGAAGCAAUUAGAGGAUUCAGAGUUACGUGUAGUAGGGUCAACCGAAAAAGUCAAAGAACUCGAAAAGUUAUGUGAAACUAAAACUAAAAGAUGGGAGAAGAAAGAGCAAACAUACAAGAGUUUUAUAUACCACCAGUCAGAGGCUUUGCAGGAGUUGAAAGCUACGUCAAUGUCUCUAAAACAUGAAGUCCUAAAGACAGAAGAAAACUACAUACAAGAUCUAAAUUACUACGGUUUAAAGCUCAGAGGAGUGGUUCAUGCAGCAAAAAAUUACGACGUAAUUGUUGAAGAGAAUCGAAGGCUUUACAAUGAAGUGCAAGAACUAAAAGGAAAUAUUAGAGUCUAUUGCCGGAUAAGACCAUUCCUUGAAGGGCAAAACAAGACAGAAACAUCAAUAGAGUACACAGGUGAGAAUGGUGAGCUUGUGAUUGCAAACCCCCUAAAGCAAGGCAAAGACACUCAUCGGUUCUUUAAAUUCAACAAAGUCUUUGGCCCUACAUCAACUCAAGAGGAAGUAUUCUUAGAUACUCGACCAUUGAUUCGUUCCAUCCUUGAUGGCUAUAAUGUGUGCAUAUUUGCUUACGGUCAAACGGGUUCUGGAAAGACUUAUACAAUGAGCGGACCAAGCACAAAUUCAGAAGAAGAUUGGGGUGUAAACUAUCGAGCUUUAAAUGACUUGUUUCACUUAACUCAAAGUAGUGAAAACACAGUGAUGUAUGAAGUUGGUGUUCAAAUGGUUGAGAUUUACAAUGAGCAAGUUCGUGACCUGCUUUCUCAUGAUGGUCCUACUAGAAGACUUGGGAUUUGGAAUAAGGCCUUACCAAAUGGCCUCGCAGUUCCUGAUGCAAGCAUGCAUUGUGUAAAAGCAACUGAAGAUGUUCUUGAAUUGAUGAAUAUUGGUUUGACGAAUAGAGCUGUUGGUGCCACAGCUCUUAAUGAAAAGAGCAGUAGAUCACACAGUGUUCUUUCUGUUCAUGUACGCGGUGUUGAUGUCAAGACUGACUCUACGUUGCGUGGUAGUUUGCAUUUGGUUGAUCUUGCUGGAAGUGAGAGAGUCGAUCGCUCUGAAGUAACGGGAGAUAGACUCAAGGAAGCUCAACAUAUUAACAAGUCACUUUCAGCUCUUGGAGAUGUUAUUUUCGCUCUAGCACAUAAGAAUCCUCAUGUACCUUACAGAAACAGCAAGCUGACACAAGUCCUCCAAAAUUCUUUGGGCGGGCAAGCGAAAACUCUUAUGUUUGUACAGAUAAAUCCUGAUGAAGAUUCGUAUGCUGAAACAGUAAGUACAUUGAAAUUCGCGGAAAGAGUUUCUGGUGUCGAGUUAGGUGCAGCGAGAAGCUAUAAGGAGGGCCGAGAUGUUAAACAACUCAUGGAGCAGGUAUCAAACUUGAAAGAUAUGAUUGCCAGGAAAGACGAAGAACUUCAAAAGUUUCAAAACAUAAACGGUAUCCAAAAACGUGGUUUAAGCAAUCUAAGAUUUGAGUCUCCUUCUCCUAGAAGACAUUCUUUAGGAGGAGCUUCACCAAAUGCUCCAAGACGAAGACAAGUAUCUGGUUCACUCGGAAGAACUACUUUAGAUUCAGCAGAUGAACGUAGAUCAUCAUCUAAAUUUUCGGGUGGGAGUAAACACAUAAUAGAUAUACCUCUGGAUACUGAAACUUUAGGCCUUGACGAUUCAGAUUUUGAAAUUUGUUAGAGUGAUAUCUCUAACAGUUAUCUUGUAAUGGGAACAGAAACUAAUGGCUCGAUUAGUAGCAAUGCAAUGGAGUUGACUGAACAAAAUGGAAAAGCUAGUGUUAGACCGUCAGAGUUACUGAAGCAUACAUCAAAACCAGACCAAACCAGGCCUUCUCGUCUGUCGAUUUCCACCACCUCCUCCUCUAAGGCUUUAACAAGUAAUCUCACAAUCGUCUCUUUCGAAAACAAUUGUCCUUAG